UUAAAAAGUAGAUUACGCACUCUGCAUCCAACAAUGGUUCCGCCCAGUGAUCUAAAAAAAAAAAAAAAAAAGACUGGAUAGCGCAUAUAUAUCGAGCGGUAUGUCGAUUGGUUGAAGCCAGUUGGCCGCCAUCUUGCUGCUCCCAAAACGCGUGGAGGACGAUUUACAGUAUCUGUGGCAGAUGGUGGCAGAGGAACUAGAUCAUCAUCACCAUCGAGCUGGGUUUGCAGACCUGUGCAGUCAUAGUCAUGGUCCAUAUUGACCGAAGAAGGAUGGGAAGAAGUCUUGGACGUAGCGUUAGCGGAGGAACUCCGAGCCUUGUUCACGUCAAGGGGCACGCCAAAAAUCAUUCCUUCUUGAGUGCAUUUCAAGUGGACUUCACUAUGCCAGGGGAUAAAUUCAGCCUUCCACCAUACCAGCCAAGCGGCAGCAAACACCACAGCAGCAGACACAGGCACAAUGAGCUCAUUUCCAAUCCAGCAUUUUCCUCCCGCCCACCGGACAAGAUGCUUCACUUUUAUCGCUGGAGUUCACCACCGGGUGUGAUGAAGAUACUUUGUAUCUUGAUCAUCAUCAUGUGUGUGGCUGUGUUUGCCUGUGUGGCCUCAACACUCGCCUGGGACUAUGAUAUGAAUGCCAUUGGUCUGGGUGGUAGCACCGGCUUGGUGCCAGGUUUUGGAUCUUACGGCAGUGGGUCAUUUGGUGGCCCAUAUGGUGGCUCAUACAGUGGCAGUUUUGGUGGCUCUUAUGGAGGAGGCCUUGGCGGUUCCUAUAGUGGCUAUGGAGGAACAACACAAAUGGAUCCUAGAGCGGGAAAAGGCUUCAUUAUUGCCAUUGCCGCCAUUACCUUCAUAGCUGUGCUAAUCACUUUUGUUUUGGUUGUGUCAAGACAAAAUGCUUCUCACUCGUCAAAGUUCUACCUAGCAACAAUCAUCAUCUGUGCCAUUUUGGCAUUUUUGAUGCUCAUCGCCACCAUCGUGUACCUUGUGGCCGUAAACCCAACCGCCCAGUCCUCUGGGUCUAUUUACUACAAUCAGGUUAGACAGCUGUGUGCUCAGUAUCAAAACCAGAACCAAGCCCAGGGUAUCUUCCUCAACCAAUACUUGUACCAUUAUUGUGUGGUGGAACCCCAAGAGGUGAUAGCAAUCAUCUUGGGCUUUCUGGUGUUUAUAGCCCUUACCAUUCUUUUGGUGUUUGCUGUUAAGACACGCACCAGCAUUCGGCGCUGGGGCAGAGAUCGUAUACUAUGGGAGGAGGUUAAGUUUGUCAGUGAUGGUACACAUCACAGCGUUGGAGAGUGGGUGAAAAAUGUGUCAGGCAACCCAGAAACAUUGGUGAAUGACUAUAACAAACAAGUUGGGGCAUCACGGGCCUAUAUGGACCAAAUGGACCUAAACAAACCUAUAUACAUGCCAGGGAAUUCUGUUAUUUCCAGCUCCUUGGAUGCCCUAAAAGCUGGACUAAAAGAUUAUGACACUGGUCCAGAUUCAGGGGAUGAUCUUGAAGAGAAGAACUUCAGCAAAUUAUAUCCUUCUGUUGUGGAUGAAGAUGAGCGUUUAAUUUACAGACAAGAGUUUGAGCAGGAUUACCGUGAGUACAAGAAACUACAACUUGAGCUGGACAACAUAAACCAGAGCCUUGCUCAUCUAGAUCGAGAACUGGCUAUACAUCCCGAUGGCAGUCCACAGUUUCUGGAUGCCAUAGAAGACUACACCAAAGUGAAGAAUUUGAAGAAUAUGAAGAAGAAGCGGUGCAAAUAUCUCAGAUCUAAGCUGUCCCACAUCAAAAGGAUGAUCAGUGACUAUGACCUUCGACCUUGAGUCAUGAGUUCUUAUUCAGAGUAUGAAUCCAACCUCCAUUGUCUCAUAUUGUUCAAAGUUUGACCACAAGCCAAUGUAAUAAGAAUAUGCUUAAGACUUAAGGUAACAGGGAUGUGUAUCUUUUCUUGUUGAUUUUUCACAUAUACUUUAAUUAUUUUCAAUUUUGUGUCAAGUAACAUUUGAGAAAUAAUGUUUUAAACCUUAAUUUUUGUUUUAUUUUUUGAUAUAUAUACAUAUUCUUCAAAGCAUCGGUAAUAAGCCAUGUACUCAUUCCAGGAUUUAAAAUCAUUGACCAGCACUCGUUAACAAUGUUUGGUUUACAAUUGUAGAUGUUUUUAAUUAUAAUUUUUAGCAAUACUUAAAUAAAAUGUUA